ACGAUUCCCGACGACAACAUACACGCCACGAUUUGCCGGAUACGCAGGACUGCGCAGUCACACGCUUUCCGACCAAUAGUCCUCAGCUGCGAGUCGUCGAAUGUUCAAAAUAUUUAUAUUUUUUUGCCGUUUUUUUCAAUCAGAUUCUCUAACAUAUUUAUCACAUUAUUUUUUUAAAAUUUACAUUCAAUAUGUCAGCCCUAAAUGACGACGCCAUAGCUUUGGUAGGCUUAGCUCUAAUUCUUAAAAACAAAAAACAAAAAAAACGCGAAAAAUGGACCAAAGAUUGGCUCUUAAAACGAAAAACCUACAGCCAUGUCAAUUUAUUAAAUGAAUUGAGAUUCGAACCACUGGAUUUCAAAAAUUAUUUACGAAUGGACGAGGAUACUUAUCGUAAUCUUCUGUCAAUGGUUGCGCCUUUAAUACAAAAACAAGACACUGUAAUGCGUAAAAGUAUUUCUCCGCAUGAGAGGUUAGCAGUUACCCUAAGGUUCCUCGCAACUGGAAGGACUUACGAAGACUUAAAAUACACUUCAGUUAUUUCAUCUCAAGCACUUGGAAAAAUUAUUCCAGAGACCUGUGAUGCUUUGUACCGAGUGCUACGUAAGGAAUAUUUAAGGUUUCCUACAACUGAAAAAGAAUGGAAAGACAUUGCACAAUUAUUCGAGGGACGUUGGAACUUUCCACACUGUAUUGGUGCGCUCGACGGAAAGCACAUAAAUAUUGUUCCACCAGCUGGAAGUGGAUCCGAAUUUUUCAAUUACAAAGGCCACCAUAGUAUGGUUCUCUUAGGAUUAGUAAAUGCAAAUUAUCAAUUUCUAUUGGCAGAUUUUGGAACAAAUGGCAGACAUUCUGAUGGGGGCGUUCUUCAGAAUACAACGUUUUUCGAAAAACUACUAAAUGAAGAAUUAAACAUUCCUUUCGCAGACAACAUUGAGGGAAGUUCCAAUCAAUUACCAUAUGUUUUUGUUUGCGAUGAUGCCUUUCCGUUACGAACUGAUAUGCUUAAACCGUUUCGACAAUCACAUUUGGAUUGUUAUGAAAAAAAAAUAUUUAAUUACAGGUUAAGUCGCGCACGACGAAUCGUGGAAAAUGCGUUCGGAAUAUUGGCAAAUCGAUUUCGUAUUUUCCAUACACAAAUUAAUAUUGAACCAAAAAAAAUCGAAAAAAUUGUAAUGGCAUCAUGUGCAUUACAUAACUUUCUCAUUGUAAAUUCUCCUACUUCAUACGCGCCUCAAAAAUGUUUUUACCAAGAAGACAUAGCAAACGGAAGUAUAACUACGCUUGGAUACAACGUUGAAAAUAGUAAUAUGCAUAGUUUAGAUCGUCGUAACUCGGGGAAUAUUGCAAAUAGGGCAAAACAAGUACGAGAAGAUUUUAUGAAUUAUUUCUGUAAUGAAGGCACCGUGCCAUGGCAAAAUAAGUUUAUCGCGUAAUUUAGUAUAUUAUAUAUUUAUUAUAAACGAUAUAUUUGUA